AUGGCCGAUAUAAUUGAUAAUGAGGAAAUCGAUAGAGAUACAGUCGAGCCGGAAGCUUUAGAACAACACUUCCGAAAGAAAUAUAAGCUGCUAACAGAGUGUGCGGUGACACUUAAAAAAUCCUAUAUUAACAAAUUACAUGCGACAAAAUCAUUAAAACUUGCAGUUAGUCUGUCUGAUAAUAGCAUAGAGGUUUACCAACUAAACAACACAUCUCUAACCAAAAUAUGUAAACUGAGUGGGCAUGAUAAGACACUCACAGAAGUGGUUUGUGAUCCGAAGGAGGAUCAUCUACUUUACUCGGCUGCACAGGAUGGACUAGUGAAACUCUGGGAUACCCGGGCCAGUGGCUCUUGUGUCCAAGAGUACAAAGACGAAGAGGAAGAGCUAGUGAAACCAUAUGAAUGCAUGGACAUUUCCUGUAAUGGAAGGGUGUUGUGUGCUGGCAGCCAGCUAGUGGAGGAUGAUGCAUACUUAGUGUUUUGGGAUAAUCGAGUCACCAAGCCACUGGGUGGAUACUGGAAUUCCCACACUGAUGACAUUACACAGGUAAAAUUCCACAAGUCACAAACUGAAAUACUAGCCACAGGGUCACUGGAUGGUCUAAUAAAUAUAUUCAAUGUGAUGGAACUGAGUGAAGAUGAUGCCCUAACAUACUCUCUGAAUGUAGAGAACUCUGUGGAGAAGCUGAGCUGGUUAGAUGAGAAGCAGGUGGCUUGUAUCACUCAGUCUAAUGACCUGCAGUUCUGGGACACUGAAAGUGGGGACUUGCUACGAACCUUCACUAGAGAUAAAAUAUCUAGGAGUAUAAAGAGAAGUAAAGCAGAUGACUGUUACUUGGUAGACACAUACACUUCAAUAGACGACACUACGGUGGUACUAGCAGGCUCUUACGGGGGGAACGGACACGUGCUGCGCUCGGCGGCGGCGGCGGCGGGCGGCAGACUGCAGCCCGCCGCGCACUUCCCCGCCAACCGACAGACCGUCAGCUGCUGCCACUACGACAAGGACCGCGACAUGCUGGUGACUGCGGGCGAGGCGGCCAUUAUCUCGGUGUGGAUCGGAAGUGAGGCUGCAGAAAAUGAAACUACUUUUGGGAAGAUAUCUCAGUCUAUGAACAAGCUUCAUAUGAAUAGGCACAAGCCCUACUGA